UCCUUUUGUGCUUUCCAAACUGCGGCCAUGGCCGAUCUGGGAGGCCUGCGGAGCGCGCUCUCUUGCCCCGUUUGCCUGGACCUUUUCCGGGACCCGGUGAUGGUGUCCGGCUGCGGCCACAACCUGUGCCGGGCCUGCGUGAGUCGCUGCUGGGGGCAGCUGGAGAGGAGCCUGCGCUGCCCGCUCUGCAGGGAUCUCCUCCCGCUGCAUCGGCUGCUGCAGCCCAACCCUCUUUUGGGCAGCCUCGCGGAGCGCCUCCGGAGCCCCCGUGGCCCCACGCUGCCGCCGCCGCUUGCUGCCGGGCCCCUGGAGGGAGAGAAGCGCCCCCUGAAAGAAGCUGCUUCCGUGGACGGAGGAUCCUCGUUCAGCAUUGCGCCUGGUUCGGCCUCGAUCGUGGGAACGGCGGCGGGGGUGUUUGGGGGAAUGUCUGUGAGCAGGAAAGAUACUCCGGGAUGGGGCUUGGCCCCUAGAUUUGAUAAAGACAUGAGAGCACGGCGUAGUGUUGGGAGUUGGCAGCGCUUUGCGCAGCUGUUCACAAAAAUAACCACAUCUGUCUUUCAGGGAAUGCUGGUGGUGGACCAGUCUGGUUUGAAGCUAGAGAGAGAAGCCAGCACCAUUGAAGAGAAGCAGAGAGGCGAGCUGCUGAAGCAGGCGGAAGUGGAAGGACAGCAGCUUACCCAGCAAUGGAAGGAGCUGCGUGGGUUUUUGGAGGAGCAGGAGAGGCAGUUGCGGAACCAUUUGGAAGAGCUCAAGAGAGACAUCGCCCAGGGAGCCCCCAACAUGCUCAGUGAGGAUCGUCUACAGCAGGAACCGUACAGGGAGCCCGGCCAAGUGUCGCCUGGUGUUGGAAGAACUAGGAGCAGCAUGGAAGAUGGCAUGUGGAAGACAGACCUUGCUGUAGCACAGCUAAAGCAGAGACUCUGCAACUUCUCCAGGAAACGGGCCGUCUUGCAGGAGGUGCUGUUGCAAUUCAAAGGUAAGCAGGAGUCUUGCUGCGGCACUGCCUCAUGGGACUUGUGUUAUUUGUGUGAUGCCUGCAGCCAUGUGGGUGGGGUUGAUUUUUGUGGGUUUUUGAGUCUGCCAGCAUGUUGGACUUUAGAUGUUGUUGGACUACAACUCUCCUCAUCUCUGAUAUUCCAAAUGUUAAAAAGCAGCACGAAAAACCUAUUUGAUUUAUUUCCUCUCCUAUGGACCAAAUUCUCACCCUUUGCCCUCCUUGCUCAAGCAGGCUACAGAACAACACCCUCAUUUCAGUCCGUGCCGAUCCACCCUCCCCAGGAAGACAGAAGCGAAAAAUCUGCAGCGAACGUGAUCCAGGAGUUGACAACCUGCAAGAGAGCUGCAGUGCAUUCAGAGGAGUUGCUGGUGGACUCGCCCCUCACAACUGCUGCCAUCGCCAGGACGAUCAAGGAAGAGGAGGAGGAAGCGGGGAUCCCUGCAGCAGGCGUUACACUGUCAGGCGGAAUUAAGGAAGAGAACCCACAACAGAACGGUCACGAGCUGGCGGAACUGCCCGCCACAAGACCGCCAUGCUCAGAAGGUAGCACUCCCCAGAGUCGUGAGCGGGCGGGUGCAGGUCAAGCCGCCUUUGCGACAGGAAGGUGGCAAGGAACUAAUCUGGCAACGGGCGCAGGUCAGCCCGCACGGCCCAAGGGAGGGCGCACGAAGGCAGCUGCCCAGAAGAGGAAAGAGAGAUGCUUCCCAUGUCCCGAAUGCGGGAAGACCUUCCGGCAGUUUGGGGUCCUGCUCACCCACCACCGCCUGCACACGGGCGAGAAGCCCUACAGCUGCACUUACUGCGCCAAGCGCUUCAGCGAUUACUCCAACCUGAUCGCGCACCAGAGGACCCACACCGGGGAGAAACCCUACCGGUGCGCCGACUGCGGGAAGAGCUUCACCCGCAGCACCACCCUCACCAUUCACCAGAGGGGCCACACGCGGGAGAAGCCCUACCCCUGCCCCCAGUGCGGAAAGCGCUUCAGCCGGUCCUCGAACCUCACUAUCCACCAGAGGACUCAUGCAGGGGCGAUGGGGAAGAAGUCACGGAUUUGAGUUAAGGGGUGGGGCAGGACGGGACGAAUGCUGACCUUUGGCUUGAUCCAGUAGAGGUCCGGUGUGUGUGUGUGUGUGUGU